UUGGGAAGUUGGGAGAUCGGUUAGCAAAGUGUUGCCCCACUGCGGACCUUCCCGCAAGAAUCUCCCUUUCGCAAGUUACUUUCCUUUGUUCCCUGAUCAGCGGUAGAGAACCCAGAAGUGCCAGACCUGAAGUCGGAAUUCUCUACGAUUUGCCGUUCGUCCCACGCGUGUUCCUCGUGUAAGGGGUAACAGAUGGACCGUUGGAUAUUCCCCACGAUACUUCUCUGCAUACCGUUAUGUCUUGGUCUGCUUCAGAAUCAAGGCAAUCAGGUGUUUGAACCAACAAACCUCAGGAUUUACUCAAAUGAUUCUCUUCAGCAGCUGCUACUGGAAUGGGAUGUUAGUGAUGACUCUGAAGCAUACAAUUCCCAAAUUGACAUGAUUUUUAACAUCCAAGUUCGUUUAAGAGAAGAAAAUGAAAAAAUUAUUUUAAAUGUGAAUUACACAACAGUUCUCAAUAAAUCAAGACAACUUCACCAAUGGGGUUUUAUCUCUGAGGUACCCUUGCAGUGUGCAACGCAUGAAGCCAGAAUAAGGAGCAAAGUGAUGUCUUCUGAAAUUUGGAGUAACUGGAGUUACUGGGUAGCAGCAGAAGGCCCAGAUGCUCUCAGUGAUGCAACAAUUCACUUCUUCCCUAAACACAAAGUAUUUGAGCGUGGUUCCAAAAUCACAUUUUGCUGCAUUGCAAGGAAAAAUCAAUCUGUAUCUGUUUUUAUAAUUCACAAUAACCUAAAAUUUCCGGAGGGAGAUCGGCAACGAGCAUUGUUAACUCUAACACCUGAAUCUUCAUUCCCUAGUCGCAUUCGGUUCGGUUGCUUUUUUUCCGACAGUGGUAAUUUGCUAAUAGCAACUUAUCUCUACCUCACCAGGCAGCCCGUUAAGCCCCAAAAUCUGAGCUGUGAAACUGAAGACAUGAUUAAUAUUAAAUGUACUUGGGAUCCUGGAUAUGUAGAGAAAACUGAGUACUUGGAGAAAGUCUGUCCAAUGGAGUUUAUUUUGUCUGAUGUCUCUUCUGGAAAAAUAUAUUGCAGUACAAAAUUCAAAAAUACCUGUUCAUUCAAGAUGGGCAACCAGUUCCUGUACAAUGUAAACUUAACCUCCAGAAAUUGCCUUGGACAGAAACAUGAGCAGUUUCGUUUUGAUGUAAACAACAGUGGAGGACUGUCUACCAAUUCCUAAAUAAUACUUAUAUCUCAGAUGAAGAUGAUGGUGAUGAUGAUGAUGAUGUUAUCCAUUCAGUCAUAUCGGACUCUUGGGAAUUCUUUGGGCUGGGUUUCUCUACAUCUUCCAAUCUUGCAUUAGUUCUUUGAGUUUUUCUGUGUUCUGGCUAGCGUCAGCUAACUUAAAGAUACAUUAUUCUGGAGAAAGAGGAUCAUUUACCUGCAUGUAUAAAUGGUCUGGAUUCUUUUACUAUACAACUUUGAUUAUUAAUUUUCAUGUAAAGCAUGUAACCUCUAAUAAAACCAGCGCUGAAUUCUUGAUCAUAA